AUGCCAAAGCCAAAGUUGUUGACAAUGAAGCGAGAGCUGAAGCGUGAGAGUGUGCUGAGGGUUUUAUUCAUUCUGGCCACUGCUCUGCUGUUUAUCAGGUUUGACACCACCACCGGUGGUGACCCAGCAGGACCGCACAGUCCCGGCAACUCGCGAGCAGUAGCGGCAGAUGACGCGGCGCUCGCCUACAUCCCGCGCAGUGUCGUGGACACGUGGGGCCGGCGGGACUUCCUGAUUGUGCUGGGCAUUCCUUCCACGGAUACGGAGGCGAGGCGGAGGCGUCGCAACCUGCAGCGGUCAACGUGCUGGCGGUUCCCUGGUGUGGCAACGAGGGCGAAUGACUUUAGCGGUGCGAUGUUGGUGCUGUACUUACUUGGGCGUCACCCGGAGCACAGCUACAACUACUCUGCCGCGUUGCAGGAAGAGGCGGCGCAGUGGCACGACGUGGUUGCGCUGCCAAUGAAUGAGGGCCAUGUGA